UUUGCUGUCAAAAAACGUUUGAGAGAUUUGGGAAAAACAAACCACGUUUUUAUUUUUAUACAAAUACUUGAAUUAUUUACGAAAAUGUUGCGAAAGCCGUUAAAAAGACACCACAGCGGUAAACAGAAGGAUUCAAGCAAAAGGAAAAUUGAAGGUCCACCUGUCGGGCAAACGAAAAAGAAUCGAAGGUGGAAACAGAAGGGUGCAAAAGAGAAAGCUCUUGAAACACUUGUUCUUGGUGAUGAAAAAGAGUUAAUUCAUCAGUUUGUAAACACCGAAAAGAGGGAAUUGCCAAAAGAAACCAGUCAGUCUUCAUUAGAAGUAGAUGAGAAAAAACCAGUCUGGGAAGAUGAGGAUGAUGUUCAGGGGAGUAUUUUACUGUCUAAAGCGAGAAGAUUCAAUGAUGUAAGACAUGGAGAAGAGAAAAAAAUAUCCAAGAGUGAAUACAGCCAAAGAUUGAAGUCGCAGUUCGAGAAAGUGUCGUCUACACCAAACUGGGCAAAACUUCCUUCUGAAAGAGACAAAAAUUCAGAUGAUGAAGACAGUGACGUCGAGGAUAUAUUACAGAAAACAGGAACAUUUAUCACAUCCUCAUCCUCACUACCUAAAACAGUUCUACAGAUCAAACCAUGUACAGAUAUAAAUAAAGAAAGUCCACAACAGGGAAAGCUUACAGCAUUAGAGUUUCAUCCGUCAGCCCAGGUAGCUCUUACAGGCGGUUUGAACAAUACACUCGCACUCUUCCAGGUUGAUGGGAAAACCAAUUCAAAGAUACAGAGUUUAUUUAUAGAAAAUUUUCCUGUAUAUUGCGCCCACUUCACACGAGAUGGGGAACAGAUUGUGAUAGGGUCCAAACACAAAAGCUUCAAGUACUUUGAUAUGAUCAGUGGAUGUGUUGUUAAUGUUCCAAUGAAAGGUAUAGAUGAGCACAGUUUGAAGGAUUUUGCAGUAUCACCUGAUGGCAAAUACCUUGUGUUUUUGGGACAAUAUGGAGCUAUGCACUUUAUUUCAUCAAAGUCAAAAGAAUGGUUGUUCACACUUACAAUGAAUGGCGGUGUUACAUCAGUGGAUUUUACCAAUGAUGGCCAACAGAUGUUCUCACAUGGAGAUGAGGGUCAGGUUUAUGUUUGGGACAUUAGGUCUCGAGACUGUACACACAGGUUUAUGGAUGAGGGUUGUAUUCAUGGAACAAGUGUUGCAGUUUCUAAAAAUAACCAGUAUAUUGCUUGUGGGUCAAACACAGGUGUUGUCAAUCUAUAUGAGCGAGAAACAUGUCUGUCAUCGUUUGAACCCAAACCUGUGAAAGCCAUAAUGAAUCUGACAUCAAGUUGUACACACGCCAAAUUCAACUCCACAUCAGAAAUGUUGGCAAUAUCCUCAAAUGCAUAUGAAAAAGGCAUUAAAUUUGUACAUGUAGCUAGUCAGACAGUGUUCUCAAAUUUCCCAGACAAUUUAGACAACAAUUUGAGAAUACCCACAGCAAUAGACUUUUCAUUGAAUAGUGGAUAUUUCACUGUGGGAACUCAUAAAGGAAAAGCUUUGUUAUACAGAUUGAAGCAGUAUGGCAACUACUAGAACUUCUGAAAUGUCGAACAUUUAUAUAUUUUGACAAAAAAAAUAAUAAAAAAGGAAAACAGGAA